AUGCCGACUUACACCAAAGAGGAGCGUUAUGCUCUUCUUAAAAAAUUCAACGACAUGGACACUAACGGCGACGGUUCACUAUCGAUUGAUGAAAUUAAACAAUGCUGCAAGGCAUCCGGCCUCUCGCCCAGCAAAGUAAAAGAAUUUAUAAGUCUCUUUGAUGAAGACGGCGACAGCCGAGUUACACUGGAUGAAUACGAAAAAGCCCUGGGGCUGAAGGAAGUGCCCCCAGCUUCGAGAGCCGAAUGGGAGGCUGCUUUCAAGGAGAUGGACAAGGACAACUCGGGCAAACUGACGGUCGACGAGUUGUACGAGGGCCUGCGCAAGGCUGGCAACAACAUCUCCAAGGACGACGUGAUAAAGAUUGUUUCGUCAGUUGAUGAUGACGGUGACAGGAGCCUGACUAUGAAAGAAUUCAUUGCCCUAAUGAGGGUGUGA